GUUGCCGCUUCUGUCGGUGAGGCGUACUCUUCUGUCGUUCGGAUUCGUAGAAUUUAUCGUUCACACGAGCUGACUGUAAUUACAGUCGCUCGGUUCCGGACUUCUAGAGUUUUCGUGCAGCUUUCGUCUGGAACGACUCCCGUAUUGUACGCACUUCAUAAGAAAUUCGGUUUCUUUGCAGCAACAGAGCCCAAGCAAGAACCACCUGAAAUUAUUGCCCCCUCCCCAUUUUCUAGUACCAAACACUACAAGACUGGAAUAGGGCAUUGUCUACCUCUUUACUUCUUUAUCAUUACCCAUCGGACAUCAAUAGAUUUGCAGAGAUGUUGUAGAUCAGUUGAAAAAGGAAAAGCUUGAGCUGAAAUCCGUCUGAGCAGAAGAGGAAGAGCACGGCACCAGCGAUUUAAAAUCCCUCGGCGAAAACCCGACGAGCACAUGCGGCUUUUACACCAGUCGGCCGCCCCAGACCCCUCCGGGAACACGAUGGUUAGAAGCCGAAAGACCGCGACACCUGUGGUCUUCUACCACAUUUUCAAUUCCGCCAGAAAUCCGCAUGGCGCGGCCCUUCUGGCUACAGAGAUUCCGGCCAGAAGAAGCUGGUUGACCUUUGCGAGCAUCUGCCUGCUGUUGCAAGACGCCAGCAGAAGCAACUUUGCAAUCGCCUACACGACCGUUGUUGAGAAAGUCAAGAUAUCCAAGCAUAGGCGUGCGGUGAACAAGAAUGAAUCUCCGAGCGGAAAUGAUGAUCAGGCCGCGGCGUCGAGCAAUCUGUACACGAAAAGCAGCGGUGAGGUGAACUCGGAGAGGGCAACAUUACGUACGAAAAAAUCGGCCAGAAAAAGUACCUAUAUGCACCAAAGAGAUCGUGGUAACCAUGACGGCGAAACGCUUCUGCGACACCAGAUCUUUUCCACGGAAGAGGCCGGCGCGCCGACAGACGGCAGCACGCCUGAGGCUUCAUACGUGGCGUCAACUACAGAGAACGUCGAAGCAAGCCCUGCGGAGACGAAACUUGGCGAAAUGAACCGGAAAGUGGUAGAAGUGGGAUUGGUGCCCGCGGCCGCGGCCGAUGAGUCGGCGUCUUCGUCGUUUCAUCAGACAGGCGGAGACCACGGGAAUAUCGCAGAAAAAUAUGAAGGGACCCUUGGAACCGUUGCCGAAUCAGAAGGGCCGCGCGACUUCCUGUUAGCAAGCGCAGAGCAAGAGCUACCUGUGCCAGAUCUUCUGGUCGUGACAGAGAGCACACCAUCAACCAGUGCUGCUGAUGAUAAACAACUUCAUCAUUCGAGGUACACCGGCACGCCCACAAGUAGACUAGCAAGGGUUUCAACAGACCAAGACGAAGACCACCUUCUCGCCAACACGACAACCUUUCUCGAUAUAAAGAUGCGGGAAAAUAGUAUUUCUGGGCGCCAAGAUGAGCUAAUAGAACAAGAACUCCACCGGCGGGAGAGCAUUAAGGAACAGGAACAAGCACCUCGCAGCACUCUCCAGUUUGACAGUGUAACGUCCCUCGUGUGCCCGUCCGGGUACGGACGACAAGGCGAUUCGAACUACGUAUCAAAUGCAAAUAUGUUUGGGUCUGGAAGGUUGGAACUUGUGAUGCUAACUUUGGACUCUAAAAAAAUCUGUAUUGCAUGACCACCAAGAGGCGUCUAGUUCGUGAUACGCGGGGGGGGGAUUUGUCAUGCGGAGUAGACAUCAGGAAGCCUCUAAAAAUGUAUGAUGCUAGGUCGCGCAUUACAGAUAUCCUGGGUCAUGCAAAAUAUGCAUGACAAACCCGGCAACAUUCCAGACCCAGACAUUUUUGCAUUUCAUACUUCGCCAACCACUACAUUUUCGAUAUCGGAAAACUGCAAGACCCCUUCGUACAUCCACCGCUAGGCGCAACGCCGGCAAAUCCCGAACAUCCCUCCCGUAUAGGACUUGAGAUUUUUUUUUGAUACUAUCUUUCAUUCGACAUGAUCGGAAAGAGAACUGCGUCUCGUCUAGUUUGGUUCGAAGUUUUGAUGCAAAAUAAAAAUAUCAAACCCUGCCCAACUACAAUUUUUACGAAAUACAAAAAUUGUCUCAACAGAAAUUUUCGGCGCGGCCAUCCCGUUCGACGCGGAUUAUCACGAGUCUCUCGCCGACGAUCUGCAGACCGACCCGCAGCUGAUACGCAACGCGCUGCCGCACAUUGCCAACGAGUUGGAGGUACACGGGUACACUGUGGACAGCGUCAACCGCCUCGAGAAAGCCAAACUUGCUUCUCUCUUGGCGGCCCGAGAUGAGAAGCCAGAGGUCUUCGUGGAGGAGUGUGCAGCGUACUGUACCAAGGAGACCGCGGAGAUUCUGGAAGUGAUCACCGACGAUCUGCCGUGUUUGGGCUUCUCAAUUUACAGGACGGAAGGCAGCCGUUACCCCACGUGCGUGCUGUACUUCGGGCCGAAUGGCAUCAUGGGCACCCCCGUCGACAGGAGAGACGUGCUCACGUGCUUUUAUGAAAUAGUAAAAAACCGAUGAGUGGGUCGCAGGAUGAAGUUGACAAUCUAUACUUAAUUGGUUUUUGAGAAGAAUUUCGAUAUUCUUGCAUAGUCGACAUUUCUUCAAAAGAUACCAUACCAUUUCUAAGAGGUGAUGGUGAAAGACAAAUUUUUGCAUUACUUGACGGGCGGAAAUCCGUUCUUGUUUUUGCCGCCCCGUGAGGAAAAAACUUAAAGGUGGCACGUCACCUCUCUGUAUUUUUCAGCUUCGUUGAGUUCCAGCCGCGCACUUAUGCCUCAAGCGUGCAAUGUGGUCGCAUUUAGUUUCAUAUUCAAUACGAACGUCCGCAAAGGUGAAAAAAACGACUUCCUGUUCCUUCCGCCUCCCACCCUUCGUUUCCAUAGCUUUGGCGUGGAGAAGCUGGACGUUGGCCCCUGCGGAAACAUGACCAACGUGACCUUGCUGGUGCUCAUACCCGUUCUGAGCCUGGUGGUUGUGACUGUGGUUAUUUGGUGUUUGCGACAGAAGUACGGCAGCGAUUGCUGUUGCUUCUGUUUCGGCGAGAGAGAGGAUAAUGACGACGAGUGGGGCAAACGGCAACAGGACCGCGAGGAGCAGCGCAUGCGGCGCAUGAUGUACCGCCAGCAGCGGAAUGCGGACGAAACGGCAGCUCCCAGCACGAACGUGGCCACCCAGGCGAAGCAGGUGGUCGCUAGCGGGGGGAGAACGACCCCCACCGUCCUCACCCCCCGCUCCGCCGGCAGGACUUCCAUGGUCGCGGCGGGGCCGCCAAUGGGGCGGAUGGGGCUAGGUGCACCCGGACUGGGCCCGGGGACCGGUCGAACCAGCAUCACGGCGGCGGCUUUGCAAACCCUCCUGUAACCGGUUCGGGUGAGCCGGAAGUAAAAUAGAGGGCACCGAUUCAUCGGGUGGGCCGCGAAGUAAAGCAGCGUUCUGAUGUGUGUCAUUGUCGUUGUUGUGCCCGUGCCGAGCAAGCACAUUAUCGUUGUUUGAUUUCUGACGACUUCCCACUAGCUAGUAGUUUUUACAGAUUAGAAAUGCUGCCCAACCUUUUUAUCUCCGCUGACGAGAUCAGGUUUGUGGAAAAAUUUGAAGAUCGAGGAUGAUGUUUUUUACCGCUCGUCUCCGAGUACUAAGAUUAUUCAUCUUGUCUUGCCUGUAAUUCCAUAUCAAACGUACAUUUUUUCAGACCGACACAGCAACCGGAAAGUAGUAACUCUUUUUCGACAGUGCUCGUUUCAACAAGUGAAGCAAUAUGUAAAAAGCUAGUCGUGUGAGCAAGUCACUACACGAAGAGGAUUCUAUGAAGAAGUG